AUGGAACAACAUCGAGAUAGGGCUGCUGGUGGAUCUGUUAAUAGUCCUCCAUGGUUUGAUGGAGGAUGUGAAAAGUACACUCAAUGGAAGAUAUACAUGAAGUCAUACUUGUAUGCGCAAGAUGAACAUGUAUGGAACAUUGUGGAAAAUGGUUGGAAGACACCAAUAAUUCCAGCUAAAGGCGAGGGCUCAUCAAUCUCUAUUCCCAAGCCACGGAAGGAUUGGACUGAUGUAGAAGUACGUGAUCUUCAAGCCGAUUUCAAAGCAAAAAAUAGCAUCUCCACCGCUCUCUCAGAACGUGAAAAACUGAGAAUUAGUCACUGCAACACUGCAAAACAAGCUUGGGAUCUGCUGCAGACUACAUAUGAAGGAAACAAAAAGGUACGUGCUCAAAAACUGCAAGGUCUGAUAUAUGAAUUUGAAACUAUGAUCAUGGGAGAGGAGGAAACCGUGGAUGACUUUCAUGGUAGAAUUCUAAAGAUUACUGGUCAAUGUCGUAGUCUAGGUGCCCCUUUUGAUGAAGACAAGGUAGUCAAGAAAAUACUUAGAGCCUUACCAGAAAAGUUUCACUCUAAAGUCACUAGUAUUGAGGACUCAUUUGACAUUGAUGAAUACCCUUUGGAUGAACUCAUUGGAAAUCUAAAGACUUAUGAACUAAGACUAAAACCUGAAAAGAAAUCCAAAGGUGUAGCUUUCAAGGCUGUGAAAGGGAAAGAAGAGGAAGAUGAAUCACUUGAUCUUGCUCUUCUGACCAAAGAGUUCAAAAAGUUUCUUAGAAAUAAAUCCUCCUCUCAAAGCUUAAAUGUUCCCAAGAAAAAUUUUGUUAACAAUGAUAACAACGUUAGAGGGAAUUUUAGAGCAAACAAAUCUGGAAAAGUAAAAUGCUAUGAAUGUGGUGGCUAUGGCCAUAUUUCUACUGAUUGUGGUAACAGGAAGCAUGGAAAUAGCAACAAUAAAUCCCUCCUCUCGACAUGGAGUGAUGAUGAACCUCAGGAGAUCGAAAAUGUUGCUUUCGUGUCAUCUCUUUCACUUGAAUCUGAAAGUGAUGAAGAAUUCUCAGAUGAUGAGACUAAUGUCCGCUGCAAACAACUCUAUAAAGCGUCAAAAGCCACAUUAAUCAAAAAUGCAGGUUUGGAGGAUGAAAUUGUGCGGCUAAAAGCUAAAUAUGAGAAGUUGGAACUUGCAUGGAGGACCUCUCAGAACACGUGGGAACAAGAAAGAAACAAACUCAUAGAAGAGCUACAGAACUCACAAAGCGACGAGAGUUCUCAGACCUGGAAGAUACAAUGCACUGAAUUGAAAAACACAAUCAAGAUGCUUGAACUUGAGGUAAAAGGACAACAUGCUCUAAACUCAAACCUACUAACUGAAAAUGAAUCAUUGCAGAAAGAGUUGAAGUCCACUCAAGAGAAGUUCACAAAGUUUGAGAUAAGCUCUGCAACAGCAUCUAAGUUAUUCAACUCCGGAAAAACUCACCAUGAUACAUUCGGACUUGGAUAUUCUGGAGAAAGCUCCAAAGGCACACACUUUGUGAGAGAGUCAAAUUCGAAAUUGGAGAAAGAUGAUCCCAUCACUCAAGUCAUCAAAGACUCUAUUACAAGGGCUGACAAAGAACCAAAAUCUUCUCAGAAUGUCACUCAGGUAAGGUUGAAUCAGAUGCCUUCUACUAGUCAUAACAGUGUAAGUACAGAUAAUUCUUCAGCAUACACUGAAGCAACUUGCCUGGUAGCACUCACGGCCUUGGCAGAUAAGCGAAAAGAUUUUUGGUAUGUGGACAGUGGUUGCUCCAGACACAUGACUGGAGAUAAAGCUUGGUUUAUCUCAUUCGAAGAUGAAAGCACUACGGGUUCAGUUACUUUUGGUGAUGGGAGAAAAGCAAAAAUACUUGCUCGGGGAACAGUCAAUACUCCUGGAAUUCCUAAUCUAAAAAAUGUCUUGUAUGUAGAGGGUUUAACUGCCAAUCUAAUAAGUGUCAGUCACUUGGCUGAUGAUUAUGAGGAUGUGUGGUUCAAUAAGCAAAGAUGUGAUUGCUUGACUGUGAGAUCUGCCGAAGAAACAUUUGAAAUAUGGCACAGAAGACUGGGGCAUGUAAACUAUCAGGAUCUACUCAAAUUAUCCACUAAGCAGUGUGUCAGAGGUCUACCAGCACUAAGUGGUAGGAUCGACAAGAUAUGUGGAGAAUGCAAAAUCGGUAAGCAAACCAGGUCCCCUCAUAAAACAAUAAACGCUGCCACUACCACAAGAGUUUUGGAACUGUUGCAUAUGGAUCUCAUAGGACCAGCUCAAACAGAAAGCAUUGGAGGUAAGAAGUACAUACUUGUGAUCGUUGAUGACUUCUCCAGGUACACUUGGGUUAAUUUCCUAAGAGACAAGGCUGAAACCUUUGAAUCAUUCAGGGGAUUAAACCAAAGAAUAAAAAUUGAAAAACAGUCCACGAACAUGUGCUUAGUAAGAGUAAGGUCAGAUAAUGGAACUGAGUUUAAAAAUACUGCUUUUGCUAACUACUUUCAUGAGUUAGGUGUUUCCCAUGAGUUUUCAGCCCCGAUCACUCCACAACAAAAUGGAAUAGUCGAGCGAAAAAAUAGAGUGCUGUUAGACAUGGCAAGGGUAAUGCUGCAUUCUGCUGAUCUAAGCUCGAACUUUUGGGCUAAGGCUAUUAGUACUGCAUGCUACACCAUCAAUAGAGUUUUCUUCAGACCUGGAACUGACCAAACAGCUUAUGAGUUGUGGAAAGGUAAGAAACCAAACAUACACCACCUUCGUGUGUUUGGAAGUCCCUGCUACAUAUUAAGAGAUCGAGAACAACUCGGAAAAUUUGAUGCUCGAAGCGAUGAUGGUAUCUUCCUCGGAUAUUCUACAAAUAGUCGGGCUUAUAGAGUCUAUAACAAAAGAACUAGGAUUGUCAUGGAAUCUAUCAAUGUGUCUAUUGAUGAUUCCUACAUUAGACAGGAGGAAACCUUUGCAGAAACAUCACCCACAUGCAAACCAGAACCAAAAGACACAUCAACUACUAAUGAACAGAGAGAGAAUGCUGACAACAUCUUCGAGCCAGUUCCUCAAGCAAAAAGAGGGUUCAAGCAAGUCCAAAAGGAUCAUUCACAUCAAGACAUUCUUGGAUAA